ACAUAGAGGCCUACUUUUACGUGCCAGUCAAAGUAGAAGUGUAAGUGAGUACAGAGUAGUCGUGAGUUCUGAAACAGACCUCACAUGUAUCUUUUAACGUUUUUCCACCAAUCAGGGGGAAAAAGGUAAAAGGUAACGAAUCCAAACCCAGGGCUAUCCGUAUCUUGGCCAGGUCUCCGUGUCAGGAAUCCUCAUUAAAUAACUGCCACUGCUGGGCCCUUGAGCGAGGCCUUUUACCCUCGACUGCUCAGUUGUAUAAAUGAGAUAAAUGCAAGUCACUCUGGAUAAGGGCGUCUGUCAAAAUCCAUAAAUGUGAAUGUACAGAACACUCUCUGGAGGUUACUGGGUGGUGACUAGUGACAGGCAUAUGUAGUAAAAUGCUACUCGGACGUUUUCCAAUGAACUACGUGUAUCUCAUUUGGCGUUAAAGGUGAAAAAUUCCUGUCUGAACAAAUUGCAUUUCCAUCUUUAUAAUUAACGUGCGAUCUUUAAUGACUUCCAGUAUUUCAUAUUUCGUUGACAUUUUGGGCUCUUUUCACUUUGAUUACCGGAUUCCUACAUUACCCACAAUGCCCUUUGACUACACACUGAUGGUGGUGCCAGUGGGAUUUAUUCCUACCAAAAGAGAGCGAUGCAGCAGCACUUUAGUCCUUUAAUCUGUCCAGCUCUCUCACCUCCUCACCUGUACACUCUGCUCAAGCAGCUUUCAAGCUAAUCGUUCGGUCAACCGAAGAUUUUAGCAGGAGGAGCUCGCUCUAUGUUUGAAGCAGUUUCGUCACUCCCUGGAUGCUCCAAGGCGACGAUGACUAAUCAUUGACUUCUAGGCCUCCUUAUCAGGAAACGAGAGCCUUAUCCAUGCACUGCAGAUCCAGCUGAACACUUUCGCUUCCAGAGCGUUUGUUAGUUUGCGCUGUGCAUGAGCGUGUCUGAUUUCUCUCAGGUCGUCGAAGUAUGGAGAGGAACCCGUUUCUCGACCUCCGAGUAAUGCGUUCAGAAUAACAACAUGGCAGAGGCGAACAGAGAUCCAGCGAAUGAUGAGAGCGGUCAUGAGCAGUCUCGGCAUAUUCUCAGCUCGCUGUUUCACAGGAAGUCUAAGACGAAGCCAAACGGAAAGAAGCCGCCUACAGAGGAGAAGAAGCCGUACCUAGAGCCAGACUGCACCAAAGUAAGGGUCGUCGACUUCGACCUUAAGGAGCUUGUGGUGUUGCCACCUGAGAUCGACCUGAACGAAUGGCUCGCCAGUAACACCACGACGUUCUUCAACCUGAUCAACCUGCAGUACAGCACGGUGUCCGAGUUCUGCACAGGAGAUACGUGUCCCAUCAUGUCGGCCUGCAACACGACGUACUACUGGUAUGAUGAGAAAGGGAAGAAGACAAAAUGCACAGCGCCACAGUACAUCGACUUUGUCAUGAGUUCAGUCCAGAAGCUCGUCACUGAUGAGGACAUCUUUCCCACAAAGUAUGGCAAAGAGUUCCCGAACGCCUUCGAUUCGCUAGUGAAGAAGAUCUGCCGCUACCUUUUCCACGUGUUGUCGCACAUCUUCUGGGCUCACUACAAGGAGACGGUGGCCAUGGAGCUGCACGGACACUUAAACACGCUCUACACACACUUCAUCGUCUUUAUACGGGAAUUCAACCUGAUGGACCCCAAGGAGACGUCCAUAAUGGACGACUUGACCGAGGCCCUGUGCACCCCCCUGCCCCCUCCUCCACAGAAUCACGUGACGGAGAGAUGAGGCUCGCACUCGUCUCCCCUCCAUCCAUCUGCUCAGGGGAGGACUGAAGGAUCGCCCUUUCACCUCCCACAAACUUCGCUCUCUUUUUUACGACCCGGUCAGGAUGGGUCAGCCUGGAUUGCGGGUGGCAGCACUCGCCGAAAUCCCCCCCCCCCCCCGCAACCCCACACCCCACCCCACUCCCACCCUUCCAGAGGUUGUACUGUUCUGCGAGCCCUUUAACCAGGAAGCAUUCACACUUUCAUCCUCUUCCCCCUUUUUUUUGUUGUUUUUUUUUAGUUGGUUUGGCUUUCUCAUGCCCAUGUACUAAUGAGUUUGGGUUCGGAAUAUGGGACACUAGGUUUGGUUUCUCUCUUCCUCCUAACGUUAGCACCAUCUGUACAUCCAUGUUAGAACGAGAAGAUGUGAGGAAGAUACUAGUGGCACUGUUUUUCUGUACAGUUUAAGAAGACUAAACCGUAGUCCUGGUCGUCUACAGAGUCUUCUUAAUCAUAUAAGGUGUUUUUUGUUUUUGUUUUUGUUUUGGAGGCAAAACAAGUGUGAAAUUUAGACCUUCAGGACCAGACUGUUUACCCAUAAUCCUUUAAGUCUGACUACUUUCCACCCAAGAUGCUCUUUAACCCAGCGUCUUACACAAUGGCUGCAUCUUUUCAUUGUUUUUUUUUUUCUUUUUUUUUUCUUUUUUUUUUCUUUUCUAAUAUACUAGAUAAUCUAGUAUUAAUUAAUCUAGAUAAUCUACAUUAUGCCCCCUGAGCGCUCCAGCACCAGAGCGCACCACAGGCGGCCAUGUUGGAUCCAUCUAGGAAAAAGAGCACCAGUCCGAAGGCCUCGCUUCGUGGUGCUUUUCCAUUAUGCAGCACAAUGACAAAGACAUUUUGUCUGCUACAUUUGAUCGUUCCAUAUCCCAUAUAAAGGUACAUCAGAUUUCCCCUCCAUGUUUCAUUUAAAAAAAUGCCCGAGGGGGACAAUUAGAUCGGAAUCGUUUCAGAAUCGAGGUAUCGCCCUGGCUCGCUUUGUAAGGACACUUUCAAAAUGGAAACGUGGCAAAAGAAUGUAAAACCUAGUCUUUAUGUAUUUAACUGUUUGAGAAAAUUAUCCAGAGUGAAUGAGUGACAGAUCGAACGGGGGAAAUAAAAGGUGUAUGUAAGCGUGAAAGAGAAAGAAAGAUAUUUUAAAGUCCUCCCUUCAUCACUGUUCAGAGAGUUCUCUUGGGUAGAGGUUCUCUCAUUAGAGGGUUGGAUGUUCAUUUUAAUUUAUUAUCUUUUUUCCCCCCCCCCCAUUUUUGGUUUAGUUUUGGCUUCUUUUUUUUUCUGGACACAGUUCUGGCUUUCAUUUUUAUGUAUUUUAAUAAUACUUAAGUUAAAAGCGAUUUAAUAUUUUAAGCUCUGCAAAUUAUACCCUAAUAAAAUAUUUAAAAUGUCACUAA